AUGUCCCUUCCUCCUACUCCUGCCCAUCGGCCACCGACUCCGGACAUCGCGAAGGCCAUACAAAUAGUACAGAAUGCCCAAGAUGCUCCCGAUCGCAUCGCAUCGAUGUCUCCAGUUCCCGGGCUAACCAUUGGUAUGCCGCAAGAAGUAGUCCCCAAAGAAGAGGCAUCGUCCACGUCUCCGGAAGCCAGCCAGAAUGACAUUGUCCUUCACAGGCCUAUUUCUGUCUCGCGCCGACGGUCGUUCACAGGCAUGUCAGACAUGGAUAUGUCUCCUCCACCCUCGCCUCACACGCCUGCCGAAUCUAUGUUCACUCUGGUCAUUACGGAGCAAAACGAUGAUGGCCGUAUUGAUGCUCGCGGUCUCGGCCCAUAUACCGAGCAGAUGGAGGAGCUCGAUGCAGAAAUUCCAGGUCUGACGCAGACUGAGAUGGCAACUAGUAUCAAGCACAUCCGUGAAGCGAUUCCCGAACUUCCGCCUUCGUCUCCUACAGUCUCGUCUAUUCGAAGUACCCCACAACGUCGUCCCUCAGUCGAGGAGCUUCCCCCUAUUGACGGGGAGCUGGCUGUCAGCCGACCUGAGGACCACGCUCAUGUCGUCGGACCCGAAAUGACAGAAGAAGCGGACAACGUCGCUAAGGCUUCAACACCGGUUGCAGAAAAUGUUGUGAAGCAAGAUCAAUCUCAUGUAUCUGACGGGCAACUGCCUCUGCCUACGACCCUUGACGGUACCGCGAAAGAAAAACAUUCUCUCGUGCCUCAUGACCGAACAUCUCUGCCUACCCUUCCGGACAAGGCUGCAGAUGACGAAUAUCCUCGCGUAGUCGAAGAACAGUCGACUCUGCGUGCGGACGAAGAUAUCACCAUGGAUGACGUUCGUCCUCAUGUAGUUCUCGCACAACCAUCAGCACCUAAGCAGACAGCGCGCCUUGUCGCUCAGCAGUUCGAAGCCGAUAGUAGGCCUGUGCAGACAGACGGCGUGCCGAUUGAGGAAGACGCGGCCGAAAAUAGGUCUAGGCAACCGAAUGGCGUUACAGUUGAGCAAGUCGCAGCUGAGAACAGACCUGCACAGCCCAAGGAUGUUGCGAUGGAGCAACUUGGAUCCGGCAUUAGACCGGAGACGCAGGAAACCAUCUCUUUGUAUGAUGGUCUCCGAAUGGUUGUGAUGGCUCGGCUGCGUCAUGACCGCCAGACGAAAGAAGAGCGCGUUCAACCGGUCCUCAUAGGCAACCUCACAAUCGCUGGAUUCCCAACGUCUCGAGAACGAACGUCUCCUAGAUCGGUCAUGCGGGAGGUCUUUGAUGGAGAAUGGAUGCAGACAAAAAGGGAAGAUUUUAUCAGAGCCAGGCCAUCCUUGGAGACACUCUUCGCUGAGCGACAGGCAGUCAUCACAAGAAAGGUGCAGAAGCUGCGUGAAGAAUACCUGGCUUUGAAUGAACGUUGGAAAGUCCACUGCGCCAAGCUGGAUGAGGUCGCGAAGGCCGCUGCUUUAUCGGAGGCCGCUGCAAACGCUGGAAGAACGACACGACGCUCAGCUGCUAUGGGCGAUGCUGUUCGAACAGACCUCGAAAUGGAGCAAAUUAUCGCCAGCCUCGGCAACGAAGAGCUUACCGAUGCGAACCACCUUGGUGCUCGAAAUGCUGCAACGAUCCCUGAUAUGGUAUCCGUUACGAAUGGCUCAGUAACCUACUUGUUCGACGACACGAAUAACGAAGUCGAUGAUCCCGCCACAUUCUAUGCACCCGAGACCGGCUUUGAUGACUGGACCAAAGAAGAGAAAACGAUCCUCCUGGAGAAGUAUGUGUUGUACCCGAAGCAGUUCGGGGUCAUCGCGGAUUUCCUGCCCAACAAGACUCCCGCCCAAUGUGUCACGUACUACUACCUGCACAAGAACAAAAUCGUCAACUUCCGUGAGAUUCUCUCGCAGCACACGGCGAGUAAACGGAAGCGCGGCGGCAGACGUGCUGCCAAAAAGAAGGCCAAUGCUCUGUUGACUGAUAUUCGCGAUCAUGAUGCGGAGGUUUUGAGAGGUUCCACCACAUCCGGAUAUGCGACACGCCGCAAGCGAGCUCCGAGGAAUACUGAUGGCGAAUCCAGGCGGCCUGCUGUUUCUCGCCGGAGCACGGCUCAGGCAGGCAAUUCCACCACGCCGACGCCAGAUCCAGAGGUCGAGCCGCGGCGCAGACGAAGAACGACCAGGCCGACCGCACGCGCAGUCGCAGCGAUGGAACAGGAGGCCGAGGAGGAGUCUGCGCAGGAAUUUGAGAUGAAGACGGUGAAGCGGGUCCGGAGGAGUCGUAAGGUCAGGUCGACAGAGACUGUCGUUUCUCCCAUCGUGCCGGAGGAGGUGCAGAUGUUGUUCAGUGAAACGAAGUUCAUCGACCAAACGGAGCUAACGGCUCGAAAGAAGAUUACUCCAGGCAUGGUCUAUUGGUCCGAAGAAGACAAAGAGCUUUUUCUAGAUCUCCUGGCUCAACAUGGUGCUGAUUUCAAGCGUAUAGCUGCCUCGAUGCCCAAUAAGACUACUAUUCAAGUCAGCGCGUAUUAUAAGAGCAAUCUCGCUGAACUGAAUUUAGCCAAAGUAGUGGCCAAUGCACCAAAGCGGUCCUCAUCUCCCGAUGGGGUCUCAGACGCCUACAAGGAUGCUUCUGUCCCCGGCUCUGGCGUCAUCACUCCGACCACGGGACGGUCGACGCCGCAGCUCUCUGCAUUUGGCUUUGGAAUGUCUCGCGCAACUGACGAUGCCACCGGAUCCCCCGCAAUGCAGCAGACAGCGACAGCGACGGAAAGAAGUCGGGAAGCUUCCCUUGCACUUCCCCGCUCGGUGACAAGCGCCACUCCUUCAUCUUAUGGGAUUCAAACCCGUCCGGCCUCUGUUGGCUGUGUGCGAGUGCCGUACGGUGCGAUGUCGGAGUUUCCAGAGCAUGCCCUCCCUCCGCACAUGCGGUCCUCGCCAUCCGCACCUCCGCAUCCGCUGGCAGCUGGACCUAUCAUCGGCGACAGCAGCAGCUUCGUCAGCCCGCUGCCCACCAACGGCGCCCCUGCAACGCUAACGAUGACGUUCCCUUCGAGCUUCGCAUACGCGAAUUUGUCGCCGUCGCACUUCGCCGGCGACCAGCGGCCGGCGAUGCGUGCCACGUUCAUGCGCGGCGUCACGCCGUCCAGUGCGCCAUCGAGUUCGACAAUGACGUUUGAUUCGUCCACGUUCACACAGCAUGCAUGGACACUACGGACGACGCCAAAUGACUUAGUUCCGGGGAUGCCUGCCACGCUGCAGACGACAGAUGAUCUCGUGGCGUAUAUUGAGCAUCGCACACGCAUGGCGGGGGAACGACCUUCAGACUUUAUGUAG